UUUUGUUAACUGCAGCUGCACGACUCGAGCGGCUGUAAAAUUUUACCUUCUUUCCAUCAUAACCGUCAUGGCCGCCGUUCUAGGGAGGUUGUGCAGAACUGGUGUUUUAGCACCAAAUAGUGGAGUUUCUCUCCACCAGAUUGCCAACCUAUCAACUAGGGCUGGUUUCAGCAGGAGCCGCAAAGUGAUAUACACUGCCUUUGGCGUGUUGACUGGAGGCGCAGCCGGUCUGCUCGUUGCUCUUGAACAGUCAGUUCAGGCAUCUGGAAAUGACCUGAAACCUCCCCACAAUACCUGGCCUCACUCGGGCACUUUCGCCUCUCUAGACCACGCCAGCUUGCGCCGAGGCUAUGAAGUGUACAAACAGGUGUGCGCCGCGUGCCACAGCAUGCGCUACAUCGCCUACCGCAACUUGAUCGGCGUCACACACACAGAGGCAGAGGCCAAGGCUGAGGCUGAAGAAAUUCAGGUGAGAGAUGGUCCUGACGACCAGGGUAACUACUUCAUGAGGCCAGGAAAGCUGUCCGACUACUUCCCCAACCCUUAUCCGAACGAGGAAGCAGCUCGUGCCGCCAACAAUGGUGCUUACCCUCCAGACAUGAGCUACAUUUGCUCCGCUCGUCACGGUGGAGAGGACUACAUCUUCGCUCUGCUGACCGGCUACGUUGACGCUCCUGCUGGUGUGGUGCUGCGCGAGGGACAGUACUACAACCCUUACUUCGCUGGUGGUGCUAUCAGCAUGGCUCAAGCCUUGUACAAUGAAGUUAUUGAAUAUUCUGACGGCACCCCUGCGACCGCCAGUCAGCUGGCGAAGGACGUGUCUGCUUUCUUGAGAUGGACGUCGGAGCCGGAGCACGACCAGCGCAAGAAAAUGGCUCUGAAGGCACUGAUGAUGUUCUCGUUUCUAUUCGCCGUUUCGUUCUACAUCAAGAAACACAAAUGGGCGCCAUUGAAAUCGCGAAAGAUUGCGUUCAAGCCGCCCAGCCCAAAGUAGACGAGAUUAUGUAUGUACAUUACACACAGCUAAAAAUCGUCAUUGAAAUAUAGCAAACUGUUUUAGCAGACUCGCAUUUCUUUUAAAACCAUAACGUACGGCUGGCUGGCUGAUGUUCGUUCCAUCGAUUGUCAAAAAUAAAAGCAAGCUCUGUCAGGACAAAGUCGCACAUAUUCAGUCUCAUUUGUGGUUUUAAAAGGAAGGAAUCCCUGUAAAUUACUGAUCCGGCCGUUUUAACGUCGUCAGUUAAAAUGACCUUUCUUAAAAGCGACCCAGGAGCAAAAAAAAAUAAUAAUUCCGCGCCUGUUACUUUGUCAAGUGUGCACACGAGCGUAACUUGUGUGUAAAUUGAUGAAUAAAUUAUUGUUAUGUUGGAAAAGCGAA